AGAUACACACCCUCAUGGCGUUUUCUGAGUUCUUAGCAAACUAAGUUACCUAGCUGUUGUUGUUGUUGUUGAUUAGAGAAUUUGCUUCGGCUGCUGUUAUGAUAUGCUGGAUCUUGAUCAUAUACAUAACGUUAAUAAUAAACUUCUUUAGAACCAGAUAUGUUGUUAUCCAAUAUGAGAAGACUCUGAAUAUGAAGCAACAUAUAUAGUUGACUAUAAAAAUCACAAAACUAGAAAGAAAAAACUCAGAAAACCCCUUUAGUCCAGUUUAAUUAAGUGGAACUCAUUAUUCUCAAGAAGAUGGGACUAUUCUCCAACAACAAGAUCUCCAGGGAUGAUCUGAAACCAGGAGACCACAUCUAUGCAUGGCGUAAAGCUUAUAUCUAUUCCCAUCACGGGAUCUACAUAGGCGAUGGAAAAGUCAUUCAUUUCACUCGUGGAGAUGGUCCAGUAAUGAGAAAAGGUACUUUUGUAGACAAGAUCAUUGUUAGUUCAAUGACUAAUCACGGAGGUUACAAUCCUUGUCCUAACUGUGGCAAACGAUCCAAUACCCGUGGUGUAAUCUCUUCUUGUCUUGAUUGCUUUCUCGCCGGAGGAAACCUCCAUCUCUUCAAGUACAAUGUCUCUCUAGCCACCUUCAUGUCCCAACUUCGAGGAGGUACAUGCACAAUAGCACCUUCAGACCCUUCCAAUGAAGUCAUUUCCCGUGCGAAGUUCCUCUUACUGAGAAAUGGGUUUGGUGACUACCAUCUUUUCAAGAACAACUGUGAAGAUUUUGCUAUCUAUUGUAAGACUGGUUUGGUGGUUGGCAAAAGCUAUGUGCUUGGAAGAAACGGUCAAGCCAAUACGGUGGGCUUAGCUGCUUGCGUAGCACGCAUGCUUACUCCUUUGGUCAGAAAUGUUAUUCGUCUCUUUUCCGACGUUGGUAUGCGAAAGGAUGCUAUCAAAGUGCCUGUCGAGAGCCUCGUUGCAUGGCGGAAUAAGGACGAUACAACUGUUACGAGGAAAAGAAGACUGCAACAUAAAAAUAAACAUAGUGUUUUAACUUUUUACAAACAUAUUGUAAAAUUCCGAUUCGUGAUAUGAGUAAAUUAUAU